UUUCCAAUUUAGUCUUUCGGCAAUAUUUGAACAAUAGUUUUGUGAGGUUAUAAUAAAGAAGAAAUCUCUAAAGUGUCCAUAUUUAAUCAUAAAAAUUAAAAGACAUUCAAUUAGAUCUUCGUGAUGGCAUCUGACGGCCAAAAAAUGACGGCACCAGUAAGCACAGCGAUGGACAGAUUAAGCGCUGCAUUAAAUUCAAAUAUAAUACCAAACCAAGAGUACCUACUCCAAGGCUCAAUAGUGGAUACUGCUGUUGAAGUGUUGCUUCAUAGAUUAAGAGGAUUAUGUGACAACGUCGAUAGUGGACCUGAAGCAUUCCACGACCAUGAAAUGUGUUUUAGUAUUAGAAGAGGACCUGCUCCGGAACAGCCAUUAUUGUUACGAGUUAGAAGAGCUUUGGAUUACCAAGAUAUGCCUUGGCAAUUAAGGUACAUAGGUCAACCUGAAUUGGGUGACAAAUCACGUCCUACAAUUGUUCGUAGCAGUAUAGAUAUUGCUACAAGCAAUACAGUCGUUGAAUUUUUAACCGAGUUAGGUUGUAGACUGGAUUUUGAAUACGUUGCUCGAGGUUAUAUGUUUCGCAAAGGUAGAUUGAAAGUUACGGUAUCAAAGAUCUUUAAAAUGGGUCAACAAGGAAAACUACCUGACAGCGUUGAAACUAUAUCCCAAAGUUAUUUGGUAGAAUUAAGCGUUCUUGCACCAAGCGGUCAAGAUGCAAUAGCAGAAGAUAUGAGAAUAUUUGCAGAGCAACUCAAACCUUUGGUUCAACUAGAAAAAAUUGAUUACAAAAGACUCGUUCAUUAAUACAUGCUUCUAUAUGACAUAAGGAAAAUAUGAAUAGUGUCAUAUUUUUAUUCUAUCAAAGAUUUAACUAGUGUGAUUCCCGUAUAGGAAGAAGCGGCGCUAAUGUACCACGUUGGUACCCGGUAUACGACAUUGGUAUGCGACAUAGUAUGCGAUUGUGGUGCCAUUCUGUCGACUAGUCUAUGGUGUAAUCGCUACAGAUAAAGAGUUAUUCUUACCAAACACCUCUUGGCGUAUCUUUUUAUAACUUCAUUCUACUAUAUAUGUGGUUAACCUAAUUUAACCGGUAUAUAUUUUCUUUUUUUAUAAUAUUUUUUAAACUAUAGUGGUAAAACUAGUAUGCUAGUAACUUAAUUAUUUUUAAAACGCCCCCUAUCUUGGCGUCCUUCUGUGAAAAUGUUUCUAUUACAUAUUUCAAUUAAUUAAUUGUGCAAUAAAUAUUAAAUAAUAAUAAAUUU